AUGGCGAGAAAUAAGAACAGACUGUAUAUUGCAAUUUAUCCCAGCGGCAGGGGCGAGAACAGAUAUCACUGGGCACUGAUGAUUGGGCCAAAGGCUGAAGAUGGUGCAGUCCGUGGUCAACGCCAUCAUGUCAAGAACCAGAUGGUUGGCGGCUGGAGUUAUGUAUCGAACCAAGUUCGAGAUGUUCGGGUCACGGUUCAGCUUCUGGCGCGUGUAACGAUCGCGAAGAUAGAAGAUGAGGCGCGAUUGAUAGAGAUCAUACAAAAUGUGCCAGUUGAUCCAGGUGAUUGGCACGGCCGAGACGACGGGAGUGAGCCUGAGUGGGGCUGCCGAAUUUGGCUUUUGGCGGCGUUGAGAUUUAUCAAGGACGAUCCGUGCGUCCUCGGCACGAAUGUCUUCAGUGAAAUGGAGGGACCUGAAGGCAUUUUGGAAACAGCAAAGGGUUUUGUUGAGGGUAAAAUCGCCUCCGGGCGGUAUGAUUCACAUGCCAUGGAGCCCAAGCCGCUCUUGGAUCUUAUGACGGGAAAGGAGACGUACGCAGAUAUCAAUCUCAAAGCUAAAUUAUAA